UACGGUCUAGUUCCAAUGGACGAAAGCAUGGCCGCUGCAUAUUACCCGCCGCCACCCCCACCGCCACCGCCACCACCUCCGGGUCACUAUCCGACCUACUACCAACAUCCUCCACCACCGGCUGCUCCUCCUGUGGUUCUUCCACCGCCGCCACCGCCAUAUAUCCCUCAGGCACAGCCACCGCCGCCUUUUACCUCAUACCCUCCCUCCUAUGCUCCGCACGCGCCACACGACCCUGUCCGUACGCUUUUCGUGGCUGGUCUACCGGAUGACGUCAAGCCUCGCGAAAUCUACAAUCUCUUCCGUGAGUUCCCCGGUUAUGAAUCCUCUCAUCUCCGUAGCCCCACGCAGACGUCGCAGCCAUUCGCCUUCGCUACAUUCAUAGAUCAGCCAUCCGCUGUUGCAGCUAUGCACGCUCUGAAUGGGAUGGUUUUUGACCUUGAGAAAGGGUCAACCCUAUAUAUUGAUCUUGCAAAAUCUAAUUCCAGAUCUAAGCGCUCAAGAUCAGAUGAUGAAUGGUCUGGUUUGGAUAAGAGAGUUAAAGCUUCUCCAGCAACACCAGGGGGCAGUCUUGAUUCCGGUUUUGGCAGCGUUCACUUGCCUGGAAUGAGUAAUUCUGCUUACAACAUGAUUGGUUAUACAUCUCCACAAAGUCAUGGGAUCUUUGAUAGCCGAGCUGCAAGUGAGCCAACAGGGGCAAAUUCAAGUAAUUCUUCAAGGCACCCCCAUGUCCAAACAUUUUUUGUGGCUAGAUUUGGGGCCAAUUGUAUGAGCAAGAACUAAUUCAAGGUA